GUCAUGUCACGUGACUGGACCUGACGCGUCCUCGGCUCGCGUCACGUGCCUGGCGUCGACGGCAGACUCCUCUGACAGGAACUGGUGUGCAGUCUCUCUGAACAGGCCGCCCAGACAGAAGACACAAGAGCAGUGUUGGGUCAUGUCAUUAAAGAUGGAAAUGGAUGCCAGUGGGGUGUCCAGGGCACCCAUCUCUGUUCUGCCUGCCGCUGAGGUCAAAGCCAGCCUGAAGCCAGAAGCCGAUAAACCCCGGUGCUCCAGCACCCCCUGCUCCCCCAUUAAAAGUACUGUCUCAGGAUACCAGAUCCUCCACAUGAACUCCAACUAUCUAGUGGGCUUCACCACCGGUGAGGAGCUUCUCAAAUUAGCCCAGAAGUGGUCUAGCCCUGACAACAGCAACACAGAGGCCUUGCCCAGCCCCAUCAAAAAGCCUGUGGAUUUAAGCCUGCACCGAGCCUCGCGGAUUUACAAAGCCAAGAGCCGUUACUACCAACCGUAUGACAUCCCAGCCAUCAACGGACGCCGGAGGCGGCGCAUGCCCAGCUCGGGCGACGGCUGCUUGAAGGUGAGCGGGGAGCCCAGCAAGGCCUUACACGGGCCCCUGCCCCUCUGCCUGCUGAAGGGCAAGCGGGUGUACUCCAAGUCCCUGGACUACCUCAACCUGGACAAGAUGAGCCUCAGGGAGCCAGCCGACACUGAAGUGCUGCAGUACCAGCUACAGCAUCUCAAUUUGAGGGGCGAGCGCGUGUUCACCCGAAACAAGACAUGAGUUCUCAGAGACGUCCAGCCGUGAUGUAGGGCCUUGAUUUUUACCACUCUGAUUAUAGGCAGGUCACUACUAAACUAGGGUGACCAUACGUCCCAUUUGUUUUGGCCCUGUUUUUCUGUUUUCAUACUUGCUGAACGUAAUGAUUGAAAAGUAGUUUGACCAAUAACAUGCAGGCAUUGUACAUAAUGGACUAAUCAUAGCGUGUGAGAAGGUGGGAUCUACGUAGAAUGGUCAAAGUAAAUAUUUUAGGCAAUAUUGAAAUCAUAGCCCGGAAAAUAUGGCAUGUAUGGUCACCCUAACUAAAGCCCAAAGUAUACUUAGGUUUUUAGCGUACGCGACAGUCUAUGUUCAGUGUGCGUCAUGCAGAUUUUGUCACCAGAAUAAUACCAAUGUACUGUAUGUGCACGCCACCAGAGUUUUUCUCUGCACGCUCAAGUAACACGUGCAUUGACUAAGUUUUGCACUAAUCAGUUGUUCCACAAGGGGGCAGCACUGGCCCGGGCUGUUGUCUCACAGUUGAAAACUAAACUAGACACAGAACAUCAACAAAAUAGUGAAGACUGCAACAACAACAGACUGAUCUUUAGAUUAAAAAAGUACAAAGAUAUUUUUAGAGCUCGUAACAUUCAAUGACACCAUCAAAUGGAGUAUAGUUUGAAAAAGCUCUGCCUUAGACUAUACCUGUAUACAUUUAAAAGCAAAGUGUAGUUUGGGCUCACGGCAUCCAUAGACCACUUAUCUCUCUUGUUUGAGUGAGAAAGCAUCAUGAGGCCCAGUUAAGAGAAACUAAAGGAGUAGUUCGUUGAAAAAGACAAAUUCUGUCAUUCUCUACCCACCCUCAUAUUGUUCCAGAUUUUUGGAGAAACUGUAUGCAGCUCUUUCCAUACAACGACAGGAAACGGUGACCCCCUAUGGCUUUGUGUGCCAUAUUCUAGAUUAACUAAUUAGUGUGAGAGCGCAGUCACCCCAUAAAAGUGCUGAUGGGAGAAGAAGUUCUGCGCUUGAUCUACUGACAGUGUACAGACACAGAUCACUUCCAUAAUGAGCAAUGCAAUCUGCCAAGAGCAGCUCAGUUCAGCAUCUAUCACAGCCAUGUUAAGAGCAAAAUGGCUCAAGACAUGCUUUCUUGUUUGUUAAAUAAUGACACAGAUACCAGUGAAUAGACUACUGCAAUCUGUUCAUUUAAACACUCUCCUCCCAUAAAUGUUGCGUCUGAAAGGGAAACAAAUGCAUCUGCAGUAAAGUCAGCCACAGAAAUUACUUUUCUGGGUGUCUUGAGUAAAUUUGUUAUUGAUAUCUGCUGUUGAUCUGAAAUUUAAUUUGUGUCCCGUGAUUAAAGACUCUGAUUUGAGUCUGUUGCACAAAACUAGCAAGAGACUUUGGAAGACUUGGAUUAUAGCAAGCAAAAGUUAUAGUAUAGAGCUGUAGUAUAGACUGCUUUAAUGGUUGGAAUGCAUGAUUAUAUGAAAUAAAACAAAAAUGUAAUAUGGCUUAGUCUGAUUGGGAAAUCGUAAAGGCUGCAAUUUGAUUAAAUAAAUGCAGGUUUCUGAGUGAAGCGCGGCACUGUGCUCAUUUACCCGCGAGCCGCUCAUGCUCCAGUGUUUUCAUCCAUCAACUCCAGGUGUCUGCCAAAAUAAAAGCUUGAUGCAUCAUUUGAAAAGUGUGGGUGGAGGGGAUUAAGACAUCCAUUAAUAUUAAAAGUUAUUAAAAUUAAUAUUAUUAUGAUUUGUUUGUAAUAUUUCAAUUAUAUAUCCUUUGAAUAAUUAUAUAAUGUAUUAUUAUAUAGUAGUUUUGAUAUAUAAUCAAUAUAACAUAACUUUACGGCUAACUUGUGUAGCCCUGCAAAUAAGCACAGUGCAGCUGGAGCUUUUUUUAAAACUGCAUUUGAAUUAUUUCAGGUUUUUCUCCUGAAAUCAUGCAGCCCUAACCAAAACUGACUUUGUAUGAAAAUGAACUGCGUUAAGAAACAUUCAAAAUUCUUCUUUUCAGUUUGUAUAAAUCUGAGGGUGAGUAAAUAAUGGCAUGAUCACUAUUCCUUUGUCAUCACUACAAAUCAUUGUAAAGUGUAUCGGUGCAGGGGAUUCAUGCAUGGUGUCGUUUUUCAGGAUUAGCAAUAAAUGCUGUGGCUUUCUUAUUGUUAUGUGUGAGUGUGUUCAAAACACUUCAGUCUUUGUGAAACUACAUGUAGUCUUCUGUUCAUCCGAUCAUACGCUUGUGUUAUUCUGCUUACUUCAGUAACUGGUGUCAGGUGAGGAUCUCGACUGUUACACAAUCCAGACUCUGACAGGCUUAUCUCUGAGAACCCAAACUAGCAUUAGCAUAGAGAAACCAUUAAUGGCCUUUUCAUUUCUCUAAUCGAUGCUUUCCUGGAGACUCACCGGAUCGGUUUGAAUGACACUGAAUGCCGUGUUGUUUUUGGAAGAAAUGUGUGUGGUGAUGAAGCUUGUUGUUUUUCCAUCCCCCUUCACAGUGCACAUAGCUGAUAACACUGCUAUAAAAACCAAAGUCCAGGGGAUCUUGAUGAAUCCAUUUAUGAACAGCAGACAAUCUUUCACGGUGUUACACGAUAAGCACUAACAACAGUUUAUGGGAUUUUAUUUCUCCUUGUUUUGACGACAGUGUUUUUAUAUGUGUCCAUUUGCUUUCUGAAUGUUUAAUAAUCUUUAUCAUCGUGGAAGAUAUUUGUUCUAACCUUUAUAAAUUUUUACAUGCUCUUCAAAACUCCUUCUUCUAAGUAUUUAGUUGAACCCCUCGUGCAUCAUCUUUUUUUCUUCUAUAUCUUCCUCCUGUAUUUUUGAAUAAUGCACUGAUUUAUUCUUUUGUUUCUAAUCUAAUCUAAUCUUGAUGAACUGCCAUAUUAUUUUAAUGUUUCAGUUCAAACAUUAAAAUAAUAUUUAAGAAUAUGGACUAAAAAGCAGCUUAGGUUCGUUCAGUUUAAUAUAUUUAUUAAUUGUGAUGUGUUGGUGAUGUUUUAUUACAGUAUUUCCAAAGUUUUUUAUUUACAUAUUGGAUUUUUAAUUUAAUUCUAUUUAAUAGUUCUGUUGUCGUUUGAUUUCCUAACUACAUAGUGUUCACAUUCAUGUGCUAGAAGGCCAUUGGACCACUGUUAAAAACUGAAUUAGUGACAUUACUGGAACAGUGUAAUUUAUUAUUUAUCUUAAACUAAAGUGAAGGAGAUCAAGCCUGCUGCAUAUGAGUUAAACGAUUGGUUCUGAAGCAUCAAGGAAUCAUCUUAAACACCACUGAUGCUGAUUCCCAGUCUUAUAUUUAUGCUUGUUUCAGGCUGCAGUCAUUUCAUCUGAAGUCACUUUGUUUCUGACCCAGUCGAGUCCAAACUCAAAACGUGAGCUGGUUUGAAAGCUUUUGGGGGGAAAAAAGCUGUAAGGAGUUGCUACAUCUCGUGUUUUGGGCUAUCUAUGUUAUUUACUGAUUUUUAAGGAAGAAUUGUAUUUAUCAAAUUUUUUUUUUUUUUUUUUUCGUGAAAUAGCUAAAUUCUCACCAAGAAAUAUACUCAAGUCGUGACAUUUCAGAGCCAAUAAGGGUGAACUUACAAGCUUGAAGGCCUGUCGUGUGUUGAACAAGUUAAACUGUUGUAUUCUCUAUUUAUCAUAAUAAUAGUCAUAAUUUAAAAACCGCUCCUGACUAGGAUACAACCACAUGUUAAUCUCUUAAUGAAUAAAACUGCGUUAUACACCACUACUGGCUGCAGUGCCUUCAGUAAGACAUACACAAGUUAUUCAGGAGGCAUGUCUUAGUUUGCACAUGUAAUAUUGUUGUGUUAUCUUCUGUUCUCAAGGUUUUUAAUGCUUGAAAUAUUCUUUUACCCUCUGCGGUGUCAGACUUCAGUUUUUGUCAAAGUUUGAGCUUCAUUUGAUAUUAAUAAAACACUGUUCUUUGCAUUGUG